GAGAGGGAUGCUCGUUAGGGCAUCCUGGCGAGCUGGUUGCCCUGAAUUCGAGCGUGGAGCGCUGGAGGCGGAACCCCGCGCUGCGCCCCCGCGGAGGGUACAACACAGAGGAGGAAGAAUGACCAUUGUACCUUCUGAGGGGAAGUCUGAGAAAUCAGAGAUGUUUAGUGAUGUUGCUUUGACUUCCCUCAGGAAGAGUGGAAACACUUGGAGUCUACUCAGAGGGAUUCAUACAGAAAUGUGAUGUUUGGAAAACUGUAGUAACUCGGCUGGCCUUAAGGCGUCUGGUUAAAGACUUACCUUCAAAAUAUCACUCUAAGGGAUCAGGAUUGUCUCAGUGGGAAAUGAAUGACAGGCUUGUCACUGCCCACCCAGGCCUAAUUCUAGAAGAUAUUUGGAAGUCGAAGACAGGGUAGAGAAGGAACAGGAAAACCAGAAAGACUAUUUCAGGCAAGAGAUGAUAACAUAUGACAAAAUGUCCAUUUUCAGUCCACGUACUUACUUACCUCAACAUCCAAGAGGUUACUCUACAGAGAAGCCCUAUAAAUGUGAAGAAUGUGGAAAAGCCUUCAGACGAGCCUCACAUCUGUCUCAGCAUCAGAGUAUUCACACUGGUGAGAAGCCCCAUGAAUGUAAGCAAUGUGGGAAGGCCUUUAGUCGUGACUCUCAGCUAAGUCUUCAUCAGAGACUUCAUACGGGCGAGAAGCCCUAUGCAUGCAAAGAAUGUGGAAAGGCUUUUACACAAAGCUCACAGCUCAUUCUACACCAUAGAAUUCACACUGGUGAAAAACCAUAUAAGUGUGAAGCAUGUGGGAAAGCCUUCAUUCGAAGCUCACAACUCAGCCGGCAUCAAAAGGUCCACACUGGCGAGAAACCUUUUGAAUGUAAAGAAUGCGGAAAGGCUUUCACUCAGAAUUCACAGCUUACUCUGCACCGGAGACUGCACACUGGCGAGAAGCUUUAUGACUGUAAAGAAUGUAGGAAGGUUUUUACUCAGCUUUCACAGCUCAUCCUCCACAGGAGAGUUCACACUGGCGAGAAGCCCUAUGAAUGUAAAGAGUGUGGGAAGGCUUUUAUUUGUGGCUCACAGCUUUCACAGCACCAGAAAAUUCAUAAUGGAGAAAAGCCGUACGAGUGUAAGGAAUGUGGGAAGGCCUUUAUUCGAGGCUCACUACUUAUGCAGCAUCAAAGAAUCCAUACUGGUGAAAAACCCUAUAAAUGUGAUGAAUGUGGAAAAGCUUUUAUCCGUGGCUCCCAACUUACUCAACAUCAGCGGAUUCAUACUAAUGAAAAGCCUUUUGAGUGUAAGGAGUGUGGGAAGGCCUUCAGUCAUGGCUCACAACUCACUCAGCAUCAGAGAAUCCAUACUGGUGAGAAGCCCUAUCAGUGUAAGGAGUGUGGGAAAGCUUUUAAUCGUGGGUCACUCCUUACUCGACAUCAGAGGAUCCACACUGGUGAAAAACCCUAUGAAUGUAAAGAGUGUGGGAAAAAUUUUAGUCGGGGUUCAGAACUUACUCAGCAUGAGAGAAUCCACACCGGUGAGAAACCAUAUGAGUGUAAGGAAUGUGGCAAGUCUUUUAUUCGUGGCUCACAACUUACUCAACAUCAAAGAAUCCAUACUGGCGAGAAACCUUAUGAAUGCAAAGAAUGCAGAAUGGCCUUUACUCAGAGUUCACAUCUUUCUCAACAUCAGAGACUUCAUACCGGUGAGAAACCCUAUGUAUGUAGUGAAUGUGGGAAAGCCUUUGCUCGUGGAUUACUGCUUAUUCAACAUCAGAGAAUUCAUACUGGCGAAAAACCGUAUCAGUGUAGGGAAUGUGGAAAGGCCUUUAUUCAUGGUUCACAGCUUACUCAGCAUCAGCGAACUCACACUGGAGAAAAACCUUAUGAGUGCAAGGAAUGUGGGAAGGCCUUUGGUCAUGGCUCUCAACUUACCCUACAUCAGAGAAUCCAUACAGGCGAGAAGCCCUAUGAAUGUAAGGAGUGUAGAAAGGCCUUCACCCAGAGCUCACAUCUUUCUCGGCACCAACGAACUCAUUCUGGUGAGAAACCAUACCAAUGUAAAGAAUGUGCAAAGGCCUUUACUCGUGGGUCACAAUUAAUGCAACACCAGAAAAUUCAUGUCAAUGACAAAUCUUUUGACUAUAAGGAAUGUGGACUAGACUUUAGUCAUUCACAAAUUUUUAUAUGAGUUAAUUUAUUCUUUGCAAUUAGCAUAGCUUUUCUUGGUCAUUCAUUGUAAGUACAGAAUUCUUACAGAUGUGAAUAUGGGACUCCAUGAAUUUCAGCAUUUGUAAAUUUAUAUGGGAGAAUAGAAAUGUUGAUGUAAUCCACAUAGGAAAACCUUUUGUUUACAAACCAUAUUACAUUUUAGCAAAUAGAAAGCGAUUCUGUUGCUGUACUACAGAAAGCUCUUUAACAUAGGAAAUGUCUCUGUCACUGUUGUCAUGGUCCUGUCAAUUGGUUUCCUUCGUGACAUUUGUUACAGGUAACCUUGCUUGGGUUUAAUCAUUUGUAAGGUAGAUCUAAGACCAGUUUUCUUCACACGAUUCUUCUAAAUACCAUGUUUUAACAUGUAAAAGCACUUAGAACAGUGCCUUGAACAUAGCAUAUCAGAAAUAUUAGGUACUAUUUUCAUUAUUGUGACUUUAGAGGAUUUGCAUGAAAGGAGGCAGCUUAUGAAUAUAGUUAACAUAAAGAAGUCUUUCAUUAUUAUUUGCCCUAGACAACUUAUUUGGGCAGGAGUACUAUACGGUGUCGUCGGUGUGAGAACACUUCCAUUCAGAUCUUAUGUACUUAUUGCAAAAGGAAAUGACUCUCAACUUACUCUACAUCAGAGAAUCCAUAUAGGCGAGAAGCCCUAUGAAAGUAAAGAAUGUAGAAAUGCCUUCACCCAGAGCUCACAUCUUUCUCGGCACCAACGAACUCAUUCUGUUGAAAAACCAUAUCAAUGUAAAAAUGUGCAAAGGCUUUAUUCAUGGGUCACAAUGCAACAUCAGAGAACUCAUACUAUAAAGAAAGCCUUGGUAUUCGUGGGCUAUUGGGUACCACUGUACGUACAUGCUUUAUCAUCUCUAACUUCAAAUCAAGAAGAUUGCUUACACACGAUGAAGUAAAUACUCAAGAUAAAUCUAGGAAAUUUUUAAAAUAAAACUUGAAUAUGUAGAUUUUUGUAUGAAACUAAAAGUACAAGUUUACACUCAGACUAUUUACAAUGAAAAAAAAAUGAUGAGUUUGUAUCAGAGACUCAUCAUAAAACGUAG